UUCCAGAAUUGCGCCAUAAAAACUGGGAGGCGCAGUAGCACUACAGCAGCAGUAACGAGAGUGUUGUGGUCGUGUUUGUUGAUGAUGAUGUUGUAGUCGUUGUCCGUUGAAGGCUGCUGUUGCGUUGCCGUUAGCAGCCUCUUCGGUUCCUUUAACGCCGCUGUUCGUUCAACUUCGGCACCCAACGGGUAAAGCAGAGGGCAGGCGCCAGCCAUGAUUAGCAGCACGACGACAAGCGUGGUGGUGGCCCUCGGGGUGAUCGCUCUGACGACUGCGGGUGUGGUGGCUUACACCCUCUGGAACGCUCGCAAGCGCAAGUCGCCUGUACUCCUCAAAGACCCGGCCAUCAAGUACCCGCUGCGUCUUGUUGACAAGGAGAUCAUCAGCCAUGACACGCGACGUUUCCGCUUCGCUCUGCCAACUCCACGGCACAUUCUGGGCCUGCCCGUGGGUCAGCACAUCUACCUGUCGGCCACCUUUGAUGGGAACCUGGUGGUGCGCCCAUACACACCCGUGUCGAGCGACGACAACAAGGGUUACGUUGACCUCGUCGUCAAGGUGUACCUGAAGGGUGUUCACCCCAAGUUCCCCGAGGGAGGCAAGAUGUCCCAGUACUUGGACAGCCUGCCACUGGGUGACGCCAUCGAGUUCCGCGGACCAAGUGGUCUGCUGGUUUAUAACGGCAACGGUGAAUUUGCCAUCCGUCCGGACAAGAAGUCGGAGCCCAAAAUUAAAAAGGUUACCAAGGUUGGGAUGAUUGCCGGUGGCACAGGGAUCACCCCGAUGCUGCAGCUUGUUCGGCAGGUGAUGAAGUCUUCUGACGACCACACCACUUGCUCGCUGAUCUUCGCUAAUCAGACAGAGAAGGACAUCCUGCUUCGUGAUGAGUUGGAGGAGAUCCAGGCACGUCACCCCAACAAGUUCAAUCUGUGGUUCACGCUCGACACUGCCACGGAAGACUGGGAUUUCGGCAAGGGUUUUGUGACAGCCGAGAUGAUCCGCGACCACCUUCCCCCUCCGGCGGAUGAUGUCCUCAUCCUCAUGUGCGGCCCUCCUCCGAUGAUCCAGUUUGCCUGCUACCCGAGCCUCGACAAGCUCGAGUACACGCAGGCCAUGCGCUUCUCCUACUGAGGGCCUGCGCCGCUCAACCAGCCAUGGAUGGCACCGUCGUUUUAACGCCUCUCGAGCUGUUUUCAUAGGUAGCUGUGAAACCAAAAAAAAAACAAUGGUGCUUGUUUUUACGCCGAUGAAAGAAAUCCUCAGCAGGGUUACUCGGUGUCACACCUAAAACAGCAGGGCCGUGUGCCAGAUUUGGAGAAAUUAAAUCGAUUAAUUGCAACCACCAAUUGCCCCAAAACUGGUUCACAAAUGCACACAUUCAGGCCAGUCUUAUGUGUUCCCCCGUUGUGCUGCACAGGGACAAGCUGCCAUUGGGGAGGAUCCCCUAGGAUAAAAAAAAAUUGCUCUGAUAUUUGAUUGUUAUGGGCGCAAUAAAAAUUGAACUUAAUCUUUGUUUCAUUAAAGUUAACUUCAUAAAGGAAAGCUCUUGUUGCCAGGAACUUUGACCAGAUGGUUUUUGUACUCCUGGUGGAUUGCCUCCCGGGGUUUGUUUUCUUUAGUUGUGAGAUGAAGCUAAGAGCCACGUCACAGUCGGUAUUUGAAACUUGGUCACCAGCCCACCGCGCGCCUCCCUCGUAACGCGCCAAAAGCCACACGCACUGCGCGAGCCUGAGGACCGACGGAACGGUCGGCGUGUUUUGCAUGCUUCCUGCACUCAUUAUAUCAGCAGCUGCCGUGCUUUUCAAAGAGCUGCCGGCAAUUAACAGUCCUCGAGCCUUAAGAGACGGACGUACCGACGAACCACUUGAGCGAUACAUUUUUUUGUCAGUGCGGUGUAAAUGGCGAUCCACCACUUUUUCCUGGGUGGCCCCACAGCGACGCGACGGGUACAGACGUAACAAAGUGCCGUGCAAAAAAAAUUAGACGAGAUGGCCUCCUUCACGCGUGCACCGUGACUGGGAUUGUCGUUUUUUUUUAUUAGAACAGAACGCAAAAUAAGAUUACAUAGAAACCAUUAUUCAGGCGGGGGUGGUUGAAUGUGUCCCAUUUGCUUGCAUAAGACGGUAGCCCAGAAAAGUCCAUAGGUUUCCGAGCUGCAGCCUGCCAGCUUGCAGGCUCCGAUAAUAGCGUAUUGUUUUGAAUCUACUUUUAGGCCAAAGUUUUGUUUACGUAAACGCGUUAACUCCAAUGCCAAGCUGAGGGUGACCAGCGCUACCGUCUGGAGCUGGCGCGCGUAACCCGCUUGUCACGCCCACACGGAACGCUCGGACCUCAAUCAAGACGGGGUGAAGCCGUGUGCGGCUUUGUCCGUUGUGCCCGAUUUGCAUGGUAAUCGGAAACUGCCGUCGGAUAUUGCUUUGGCUGCCUUGUUAGUAGGCAUGUAACACUCUGUCCCCAUCGGCAUUCAAUGGAUUGCCGUGAUUGGAGGGGUGGGGUUCACAAUUCAAUACAAUGAUUGAUUUUUGUUGUUUCCACUGCGGUGUGUGUAGCGCCUGUAGUGCCUGUAGAGAAUUUCAUGAACCGAUCGACAUCUGAUAAUAUUGUAAUAUCACGAUUCUUGUACACGCAAUCUAUUGCACGUGUCGUUAUGUGCAAAGCAUUUAUAUUAAUCCAUUGAUGUAUUGUUACACGCCUAUUAGGUCAAGUAAUAACAUGCAACGAAACCGUACAGUUUAAGUUAAUCCGUCCAGCAUUCGACCAAGGUGAUUGUUACUCCGAGCUGAAGAGGGGGUGUGUCGAUUCAAGUCGGACUUGAUAAACAAAACAUACAUCUAUACAACCUACGCUGAUUAUUAUACCACAAUAAUAUAUCUAUUAUACAACAACAAUUCAGCGUUAUUUAAGUUUCAUAUUUGCUUUCAAUGUGUAUGGCUUACCCAUGUUUAGUGCGAGAUGCGCUAAAUGUAUUUUUUUUUUAAUCCGUGUAUCAAUAUUCUUAUUCUGUGCGCCACGAUCCUGGCAGGCCAUUCCCUGUAACACGCGCACGUCUUUGACGUGUUUAAUUUGAUCGUGCUCAUUUCCGUCGUGCCUUUUAAUUAAACGUGCACUAAAUUGGCCGCCCGAGGUUAGCGAUUUAAAUGUUUUUGUUCGUCAUUCCCGAUGUUGCUUUGCUCUCCGCUGAACGUUGAACGUUGAUAAAAGCCAAGGGGUGUGCCGCACUUUUCUGUAUUUCACGCGUGCUGGCAUUUGAAGUGAACCCGGGACGCUCUAAAUAAACUCCCCAUCAAAAAGCGUUUGUCUGAUUUCAUCGCCCCCCCCCCCCCCCUAAUUAAUGGAGGCGUUCUCAACCUGUUAAGUGUGGUAGUACCCCCCACCACCCCCAAUCAACACCACUGCUCCCUACGCUGCCCCCUCCUCCCCAGCUUCCCGCUCACUCAUGGCGCUCGCACCGCUGCAUUGGCGCGCCAAGAGUUGCUCGGGCAUAGCGAUUGCACUGCGUGGAUGUUUUCCUGGGCGAUUCCCUUCAGCUGCUGCUCCACUGCUCGUCUCGACCACUGGCCUGCCAUCCCUUGUUGGCAUCGUGUGGCCUGCUCAGGCCCACAUCCAAUUAAGAGAAACAACCCUCAAUGCCCGCUUUCCUAGCCAACGGCCAAUCACCAUCGUAGGUUAAAACCUAAAACCGGCUGGAAAUUAUAUCGCAUACAAUGGCGGGACUGCCUGCACACACAAUUAUCGCGUGUGGAAUCUUCCUCUGAUGAACUCCACGUGGCUCAAAUCUCUUGUGCAGGAUGUAGUGACCCAUCCAUUACCCUUCGUUCGUUCUGCACGGUAUCCAUCCUGCAGCCUGUGUCCCCGGGUUGAAAACGGUUGCUUUAUUAAAUGCGAUUUGUGUUGUGGGGCGCGAUACAAGUAAUGUUGAAUUGUGAUAAUAGCCAGUGAAGUAGUUGUACUGCUUUGUGUUUUGUUUCUCACCACAUUAAAAGCCAAAGAAAUCGUG